CAGGCGGCGCGUUAAGCCUUGCUGCGAAAGACACGAUUCUGAAUGUCGCUCGCCAUCUUUGAUGCUGGCGAGGUUUUUUAAAGCGAGUGAAUGUGAAAAAUACUGAUCAAGAUAGACUAUUUCACACGAUUUCCAACAUGGAGGUCGUCAAAGCCUUCAACAGCGAGCUUACCUCGCUGUAUGAAGGCAAACCUCCGAUCUCUAAAGCCAAGAUGACAGCGAUCACGAAAUCUGCAAUCAAAGGAAUCAAAUUCUACAAGCACAUUGUUCAGAGUGUCGAGAAGUUUGUUCAAAAGUGUCGGCCAGAGUACAAGGUGCCAGGACUGUAUGUUGUGGAUUCAAUCGUGCGCCAAUCACGGCAUCAGUUUGGGCAGGAGAAGGAUGUAUUCGCACCACGGUUCACGAAAAACAUCCACAACACAUUUCAGCACCUUUUCAAGUGUCCAGUUGAGGACAGGCCAAAGAUUGUUCGGGUACUUAACUUGUGGCAGAAGAACCAAGUGUUCCCGCCUGAUGUCAUCCAGCCACUCUUGGAUAUGGCCAGUCCAGCAGCCGUUCCAGGAGGGGAGCCUGCUCAGAGCUCAGACGUGGUAGCCGAUACCAAGGCGAACAAGAAUUCCAUGGAAAAUUGGAAGAGCUGGAAUCAUGGCAACAGCAUCCAGGACUCUGUGCACGGAAGUGGCCAGGAAACCAAGACCUAUGCCCUCACGCAGUGGCUCAACCAGAGCGAAAUGCCUGUGCCCAGCAAGGCAUCAGAAGAGAACUUGAACUUGGCCAUGGCAGCUGAGGCAGAAAAUGCAGCCCCUCCUGACCCGGAACUUUUAGUAAAACUUCAGAGCCUUGCUUCCCAGCUGCUGACAAACAGGCCUGGUAGUUCAUCAGCUCCUGAAGAAAAGCCACCAAGUCAACAGCCAGCAGCCCCUGCUGUAAAGUUCAACAAGAAGCUGCUAGAUUUCGACUAUGGUGACGAAGAAGAGGAAGAGGAAGAAGAGUCCUUUGAAGAAACCAAGACUACUGAUUUUGUUGAGCCACCUUUGGAAGACUCUGGUGGUCAGUCUUCGGAGCCCAAUGCCAUUGCUCUAAGCAUGGCCCAGAAUCUUCUCAACAACCCUGAGCUGCUAAAGCAGCUGCAGCAAAUGCAGCAAACGUUGCAGCAGCAGUCGUCAGAGGCUCUGCGGGCCCAGGAGGCUGCCUCCUCUAGCAUGCAGUCCCCACCACCGGCUUCGGCUGCUCCCGUGCACUCCUCCCUGCCUACUGCUGACCCCUUUGCGAAACCCGAUGGGAGCAGCAGCCAGCGGCUAUCAUCACCAGGUUUGCCGCCACUGCCCCAAGCACCCCAGCCGCAGACACCCAACGGCAGCCAUGCUGCUUUGCAGCAGACCACCCAGCUGGCCAAUGCACCUGCCCUUAUCACACCAGGUUAUGGUGGUGCACCAGGAGCACCUGUGCUUCCGCAGGUAUUUCAGGACACUGGGGCUCUGUACCCUCCGGUGGUGGCACCUAUGGGUAGCAUUGGCUUUGGUGGAGCGGUAGAACCUCCCGGGGGCUUUGUGCCCCUAGUUGCUGGUCCUGUAUCUGCUGAUGAGCAACCUCCCACAUCGACAUCCAUGGAGACCAGCGGGACAUUACCAUCAUACAUGAGCGGUGGGGACUUGGAUGAGCGGUGUGGGGUUGUCCUCGGCCCCGGAGGCCGUGAUAUGGACCUCCGUACAGCAGCAGGAGGCCUGCCCUCGCCAGGACGUGACAGGGACAGGCGAAGGCACAGCCGUUCCCGGUCACCAAGGAGGCGUGGCCGCUCCCGUUCUCGAUCACCUUCUCGUGCUUCUGGCAAUCGCUAUGGUAGCACAACCAAGGGGGACCGCUCGAGGGAACGGGAGACCAGGGAAAGUGCCAGAGAAAAAGAGAGAGAACGUGAGAGGGAGCGGCGUCGGAAAGGAUUCCCACCUGUGAAGAAAAACUGCCUUAGUGUUUGCAGUGCUACCCUGUGGCUUGGACAUGUUCCAAAGUCGGUGUCAGAAAUGGACUUGCACGACACCUUUGGUGAAUUCGGCACCAUAGUCAGGAUUGAUAUGAUCCCUCCUCGUGGCUGUGCCUAUGUGUGCAUGGACCGCAGGCAAGAUGCCUUUAGGGCAUUGCAAAAACUGAAGAAUCUGAAGCUGCAGGGAAGCCUCAUCAAGAUGGCAUGGGCACCGGGGAAAGGUGUGAAGGGCAAAGAACUGAAAGACUUCUGGGAGGUGGACCUAGGUGUGAGCUACAUUCCACUUGACAAGCUGCCUGCGGAUGUCAACUUGCAGGCUUUGGAAGAGGGCGGUGUAAUUGACAAGGACUCCCUGUCUGACGGCCUAAAAGAGAAAUAUGCCGAACAGGAAAGGCAACGCGGCAUGGCUGAUCCACUUGCUCCUAUGAUGCUCGACUUGGUACAGCAGCAACAACAGGCACCGCCGUCAGCAGAAGCCAUGAUGGCAGUAGCAUUCCCACCAGCGGUAGCUGCACCAGGGGCCCCCACAGCUGUGGCCAUGGUGCCUCCGCCUGUGCCUCAGUUCAGCAUCCCAUUGCCACCAGUGGGCCAAGGGUCUGUUAAGACGAACGAAGCGCAAAUUAAGAGUGCAUGUAUGAUGCCCUCCCAGAGCCUGGUAAUGCCUCAAAUUCAACUGCCCAUGGGUGUGCCUCCUCCACCUAACCACAUGCUGAUGGUGCCACCAAACACUUCUCAAACACUGUUGGGGCCUAGUGCUCUGGGGCUGAUUCCUCCACCCUUAAGCCUGCCUGGGACUGCUCUUGGCCUGCCCCCCCUUCAUCCUCCUAUGAGCCUCCCUGUCACCUCCCAAGCAGCAGUGAUGCCCAUUGUCACCACAGCAAGUCCAGCUACUUCUAGUGCUCCUGCGACAACUGUAACUCAGCCACCUGCAGCAGCAGCACCUGCUGUAGCAUCUUCUGCAACACCUGUCGCAGAAAGUGAGACAACUGAUGUACCCAUGGCCAUUGACGGUGAUGCCACGCCCACUGAUGAAGAUGGCACAAGUGAAGCAAGUCGCCUUGGUAUGAUCCACCCUCCUUCUGGGGAACCAGUGGGCAACGAUAAGGGACCUGUUGAGAAUGUAAAACCUGCUGGAAGCGAUUUAGGAGCGGCUGCUCCCCCUGGUGGAUUUUUGCCUCUAUCUGCACCACCUGGCAUGCCAGGUCAGUUUGGGAACCAUGGUCUGCUGGCAAAGGACAAAGUUGAUGCUGGCUCAGUCAAGGAACCAAAAUCUCCGGUGGCUGUAUCUAGUCAUGAAGCACCAAGUACAGAUGUCAAGACUGAACAAUCUGAGAAAACUGAUCCUGAAAAGAUGCAGCGGGAUGAACAAAGUUCAGGGCAGCAGGUUGCUGAGCCAGGACAGGAGGCUUGUGCUUUUGAUCCCACAGUAAGCUCAUCGAUCCCAUUGCCUGUUGGACUGCCUGGAAUGCCUUCACCGCCUGUUCCACCCAGACCAUUUGGAAGUGCACCUGUACGUUUCAGCGGACCACCUAUGUUUCCCUUUGAGAACCCAGCUGAUGGAAGACCUGGCAUGGAAUUCCCUGGUUCUCGUAUGAUGGGCCCUGAUCCAAGAAUGAUGGUUCCCCCAGUGGGCGAUUUCCGUCCGCCCAAUCCACAUGAUCAGGCCAUCAUGGGUGGACCAGGGGAGCAGAGGAUGUUGGGUGGCCCUCUGGAACAGCAUAUGCUUGAUGGACCUCCAGAAGCAAAUAUGAUGGGCGGUCUCAUGGAACACAGAAUGCACAGAGGUCCUGAGCCGAGAAUGAUGGGAGGUCCACGAGAGCCGCGAAUGAUGAGUGGCCCAAUGAUGGGAGGACCACCUGAGCCAAGGAUGAUGGGUGGUCCAGAGGAACUACGGAUGUUAGGUGGCCCUCCAGAGCACCGAAUGAUGGGUGGUCCACGUGAUCACAGGAUGAUUGGUGGUCCAAUGCAAGAGCCUAGAAUGAUGGGAGGGCCUCCUGACCACAGGAUGAUGGGAGGCCCACCUCCAGACCAUAGGAUGAUGGGAGGCCCGCCUCCCGGCCAUAGAAUGAUGGGAGGCCCACCUCCAGACCACAGAAUGAUGGGUGGUCCUCCAGACCAUAGGUUAAUGGGAGGUCCUCCUCCAGACCAUAGGAUGAUGGGUGGGCCCCCCGACCACAGAAUGAUGGGAGGCCCGCCUCCUGACCAUAGAAUGAUGGGAGGCCCUCCAGAUCAUCGGAUGAUGGUUGGCCCACCGGACCACAGAAUGAUGGGAGGUCCUCCAGAUCAUAGGAUGAUGGGUGGGCCACCAGACCACAGAAUACUGCCAGGGCCACCAGACCAUAGGAUGCUCAGGCCGCCCGACUUUAGAUUAGGUGGUCCUCCUCAAGAUAUAAGAAAUUUGGGGCCCCCAGAACCUCGAAUGCCGGCACCCGGUCUCCGCAUGCUGGCUCCUAACAUGCCCCCAAAUAUGCCCCCAAAUAUGCCCCCAAAUAUGCCUCCAAAUAUGCCUCCAAACAUGCCUUCAAAUAUGCCUCCUAACAUGCCUCCUAACAUGCCUCCUAACAUUCCUCCUAACAUGCCACCUGUGAUUGGGGCCGGAGUCACAGACGGGAAGCAACCCGAAGUAAAAGGACCUGAAAGUCAAGAAGACGCACAAAACAAGUCCGCCGAGUUGGCUGACAAGAAGAGGAGCGAAAACGGAGAAGCGUCGAAGGAAUGGAAACCUCCGGCUUCCGCGCCGGAGCCAUCUAGAGGACCGAAUGGGCCAGCAACAGAAGAGGGGCAAGGCAACGGCGAGCAGCCGUGGAAGCAGCCCGGGGGUUUCGGUUUUUUCGGGCCUCCUCGGUCGAGGUUUAACGAGCCAAGCUCUGGAAGAGACAGUGACGAGGGCGGAUUCGGAGGCGAGAGAGGCGACCGGCGUGUCUUCACAAAUGCGUAUGGUGAGUCUUCCGAUAGGCGACGAAGCAGUGGCCGCGAGCGAAGAAGCCGCUGGUCGCGAGAAGACGAAGAGCGUGACCGUGAACGGUCACGGUCGGAGCGCAGUGAGCGAGACCGCAGUGACCGGGACCGGAGCGACCGUAGGGACCGGGACCGCAGCAAAGACCGCAGCGACAGGGAUCGCGACAGAGAACGAGAUCGCGACCGAGAGAGGAGCGACCGCGACAGGGACCGUAGCGACCGCGAUCGGAGUGAUCGGGACAGGAGCGACAAGGAUCGGGACCGUAGCGAUCGGGACAGAGACCGGAGCGACCGCAGCGAUAGGGACCGUGAUCGCGACCGGGACCGGGAUCGGGAUCGCGACAGAGAUCGUGAUCGGGACCGUGACCGAGACAGGAGUGACCGCGACCGAGGAGACAGGGAUCGGAGCGACAAGGAGCGCGGUGACAGGAGUGAUCGAAGCAGAGGGGACCAUAGCCGAAGUCGAGACCGUGAGCGGAGCUCAAAUCGAAGCCACAGCUCGCCGGAGCGGGCUGCCACUGCAACGGCGGAGACGAACGGCGAAGUGAGCAGCAGCAAGCCGAAUGGUGGGAGCAGCACUGCGGAAGUGCCUUUGCCGAAUGUGGAAUCCAAGGGCCCCGCCUCCAAUGUGGAAUCCAAGGGCCUUGCCGAGCCGGAAGCACCCAAGGAAGCUGCGGAACACGCGAAGCCCGAGGUGAAGGCGUGAUCUCUGCGCGGCUUUCUUCUCGGCGUGAUGGCCGAGUGAAGACUACUUUGAGUGCGUGAGUGUGUGAUUGUGGGAGCGUUGUGUAUAUAACAAAAGAGACAGCUCGGCAACAUGGGACGAAGCAGGGCUUUGCCCGGGCCUGAGAAAAAAACUGGGCUUUACGGACUGCCCGCGUGCAGCAAGAGUUGCCCACCGACCCUGCGGGUCGCAAAACCAAAUAAAACGAAAAUAGCGCGGUGCUUGUUUCUGUUGCACGAAACAUGCUUUGCCUUUUUUUGGUUUGCCCGCACCUCCGCUGGGUGUGUAUCUGAAGAAGCAAGAUACGAUCAAUGUUACUCCUCAGGCUCUUUCUACAAGAGAAGCUGCCUGCGAUGCACCGUCAGCAGCCGCAGGGUAAGUGACGCCCAUUCGACACGACACGACCACGACUCCUGCUGUGGCCCCAACGCCUACCCGCUGGACUGUGAACUGUUGAUCGGCCACGGACGCUCGACGCAAAGGUAGACUCUUCCACCACGGCACAAUUUCGCGGUCGAGUUGCAAUUGCCUUUUUUUUUCUUUUUUUAAAGGAACCAGACUGCCUUCGAUUUGCCCCAGGAAAGCAGAAAGUGAGGGUUUGCCAUAUUACAUUUGUCUUGGUUUUUAUUGUGUAAUUUGGGGCGAUCGCGUCGUGAGGCUUUUGUUUUACGUAUAGAGUAAGCAGCAAGGUUCACUCUAGAUGCAUUCGUGUAUAGUGUGUUUCCUCGGCAAAAAUAAAUACUGCUUCUUGUCCGCA